UCAGUCAGAGCUCUCAGCUGUUUGGAGUCCGGAGCUGCGUACAGCUGUGCUCAACAACGUUCCUAUGGUCCUUAAUUUUAUUUUGUCAAAUUAGAAAAUAUCUAGCACAACGUAAAUGAGCCUUCUGUUCGACACUACUGCAAGAUAUCGAUCGGAUUGAUUCUCGUCCGAAGAGAGGAGCCAUUAUGUAAUAUAAGACCAGCUGACAACGAGGUGUUCUUGUCUUUACUAUUCGACAAAUCUUUUGUCACUUCAAAGUUAUCGAUCGAAACUUCAAAGAAUCCUGGGCGUAUCGAAGUUUUAUUGAGAGAACUUCAUUUCGGAUUAAUCGUUAAGCAAAAAAAGAAGAAGAAAAUAAUGUGAGCGACGACAACGUGGAACCACUCGGCCACAGACGUCCACCUCAGUCCGUGGCUCGCACACGAAUCCAAUAAAGACUUCAGACGCGAAUGAGGCCUCGAACGCGUUUGUAGUUGGCACUAAAUAGUAGCAAUCUGGAACCUGGAGCAGUAUUAACGAAAACCGAGCGCGGCCCAAAGAAAUAUCGUCGAGAUGGCCGACAGGCGAUUCAGCAUGGUGAACUAUUUCGCGGAGAACGAGGGCUACCGAUGCGGCUACUGCAAGAACCCCGACACGAAUUUCAGUCACGGUAUGUGGGCGUACAUGUUGACGGUGCACGACUACCAGAGCUUGAUAGACAGGGGAUGGAGGCGGAGCGGUAUGUACUGCUAUAAACCCACAAUGAACCUGACCUGCUGUCCGCAAUAUACUAUCAAAUGCGAAGCGCUAGAUUUUAGAAUAUCAAAGUCUCAGAAGAAGAUUUUAAAGCGCAUGACUAAAUUUCUGAAUAAUGAAUUGACAAAGGACGAUGCUGGAGGUACGAAUGAAGAUCAGCAUGAUAAUAUAGACAUAAGCAACGAAGAAGCGUUAAAUCCUAAGCAUCUGAUGAAAGCGAAGAAAGAUGAAUUGCAAUUGAAUGUAUUGUCUGUCGACGAUGAGAUCAGUGGAAGAUUCAAUGUCAAUCUCGUGAAAACAGAAACUCCAAAGAAUUCUACUUCCGUGUCGGGCGGCGCUCGAGCGCAGCCAACGAAUUUCAGCGGCAAAAAUACCAUGCACGUGAGAAACGACAUCGCCGAUGUGGUACCUUGCAAGAAGGCGAAGCUCUUGCGCAUAGAGCGUAAGAAGAAUAAGUUGUUGGCUCAAGGUAAAUCGCAGAGCGAAAUUGAGAGGAUCAUGACAGAAAAGAAGCAACAGAAUUGUGUUAAGACUCUCGAGGAAUUGUUCGAGGAGGUGUACACUGGAUUGAAGAAGUUGGAGUUGAGACUGGUUCGAACUGCGCCAAAGAGCUCCGAAUACCAUAAGACAAAGAAAGAAUCUUAUGAGCUUUACAAAAAGUAUCAGAACACGAUACACGGAGUACCGCUUGAAAAGCUCACAGAGGAACAGUACAAGAGAUUUCUCGUGAAGUCGCCUCUACAGAUGAAAUUGGUGGGCGUGAAGUCGGAUGAGUUUGGGAAAACUGUUGAGACGAGCGCGAGUCUUUAUAAAAAGUAUCAAAUGACGAUUCACGGCGACACACCGAAGCAAUGCGAUCGAAAAUCAUUCGUCAGCUUCCUUGUGGAGAGUCCCUUGCAGGAAUGGAUACCCGAUAAUGGACCACCUCACGGAUACGGUUCCUUUCACGAGCAAUACUGGUUGGACAACGAAUUGAUAGCGGUGGGAGUGAUAGACAUUCUACCGUCGUGCAUCUCGAGCGUGUACUUCUUUUACGAUCCGGCAUACAAUCAACUCUCUCUCGGAACUUUUAGUUCUCUUCGAGAGAUUUAUCUAACGAGACAGCUCAACAAGAUUGCGAACGAUCUGAAAUACUACUACAUGGGCUUUUACAUUCAUACGUGUCCGAAGAUGCGAUAUAAAGCCAGAAUGCAGCCGUCGAAGCUUCUAUGCCCGGAGACAUAUGUAUGGCGCGACAUCGAACCCUGCCUAGCCAAACUGGACAUCGCCAAGUACAGCCGUCUGAACGACGAAACCGACGCUAUCGACGAAAACGGUGUGGUCGACGACGUUGAUGAGGUACUGGUAGUAUGUAACAGAAUUGCGAUGCCGUAUAAGAAGUACAGACUACAGUACGCCAGAAAGACGUCACAGAAAACGCGUGAGGAGAAACGCGAGGUGGAGGAAUACGCCAGGCUCGUCGGAAUGCCAUGCGCGCGGAGAAUGCUGCUCUAUCGCUAGUCUAUGAGAAUGAUUAUUUGGUGUGUGUACUUAAAGCCGACGAAGGGUGUUAUCGGUGUUCAAGGACCGUCAUGAAAGGACAGUUUUGGUGAUUUCGGAAAUUAAUUGCUGGCCGAUGUUCGUGUACAAAGAAACGAUUGAACGGAAUCCGUUUAGUCUUAGAAGACUAUUGAUUGUGCUGUGAAGUAACAAUCUGUGAUGCAAGCGAUUGAUUACUAUACCAGAUGAUGUAAGAUGCAUGUAAUAAAUGAUGUGCAUUACUUCUUCACUGUCCAUAGGCGACUUUGUUGAGAAACGCUUAGGAGAAGCUCCGAUUAGUUUCGCAAUAAUCAUUACUACAAAGCUUAA